AUAAGUCAAAACACCAAAACACAUUGGUUUGUGCUAAAAUCUUCGUGCGAAAUUGUGAUUUCUUAUUUGAAUACCUACUCAAUUUCAACAAAUAAUAACUAAAAUUGUGAUUAAAGUUUUUCUCUGACGUGCAACAGCUGAAAAUUAGGCGAUGAGGCAAAUCUUUUGCUUACGUCUAGCCAGUACGUUACUGAAAUCCACAAUGAGAAGUCACUCCUAUGUAGAUUCUCUGGGCUCGGCCAGUGUCAUGGCCAAGAUCCUGGACGGAAAAGCCCUUGCACAGGAAAUUAGAGAUGAAUUAAAAAUUCAAAUUCAAAAUUGGAUCAACAUUGGAAACCGUGCACCUUCCCUAAGGUGUAUUAUAGUUGGAGAUGAUCCAGCUAGCCAUACUUAUGUCAAGAAUAAAAUAAAGGCUGCACUAGACUGUGGCAUAGAGGCUCAAACUCUGAAAUACGAAGCAACCCUGUCGGAAGAAGAAUUAUUGAAAGUUAUUAAAGAUUUAAAUGCGGACAAGAAUGUAGAUGGUAUUCUGAUUCAACUGCCUUUGCCCGGUGAUAUCAAUGAGAGAAAAGCCUGUAAUGCUGUCGCACCAGAGAAAGAUGUCGACGGUUUCCACAUUACCAACGCUGGACAGCUGUUCUUAGAUAUGCCUACAAUAGUUCCUGCCACUGCAUUAGCUGUUAUUGAGAUGUUGAAGAGAUUCAAAAUAGAGACCCACGGUCGCAAUGCUGUCGUCGUUGGUAGAUCCAAGAAUGUCGGCAUGCCAAUAGCUGUAAUGUUGCACAGCGAUGCCAAACACGAGAACGGACUGGGCAUGGACGCUACUGUGACUAUCUGCCACAGAUACACACCGCAGGAACAACUGGAAAUGUACUGUCGGAAUGCUGAUAUUAUCAUCACUGCAACAGGUGUAGCUAAGCUGAUCAAAGCACACAUGGUGAAGCCCGGUGCUACGGUCCUGGAUGUGGGAAUCACGAGAAUCACCACCGCGGAGGGCAAAACCAAGCUGGUGGGAGAUGUUGAUUAUGAUGAGGUGAUCAAAGUGGCUGGGGCCAUAACCCCAGUGCCCGGUGGAGUGGGACCAAUGACAGUGGCCAUGCUAAUGCAGAACACAUUCCAAGCGGCACAGCGUUCCAGGAAACUCCAAUAGAUACAACAGUUGACACGAAUUGACAUGUUUGGCAUUUAGGUUAGUGUCAUAAAGUUCAGGGCCUGCUACAUAUAUUAUUAUGUGGAAAAGAAAUUAAACUUGGAACUUUAAAAUUCCGAUAAGGGCACUAUUUUUGUAGCCUUUGUUCGUUUAAUAUUUAUAGCAACUGUGCUAGAAAUAGGUCCAGAAAAAAGUGCAUUUUUACACAAAAUAAAUUCUCAAUUCUGAUAAAAUCAAAAGAAUUAGGGUUUGUAAAUAGAUGCUCUAUUUGAUGUUAAAAUUUGGCUCAAUUCACACUGACUUAUUUUUGUUAAAUGUAUUUAAAUCGGAAUCUCUUAAAUGUGAGAGAUGU